AUGGUGAACCUGGGCUUAUCGCGAGUGGACGAUGAGGUGGCGGCUAGGCAUCCGGGCUUGUCAGGAUAUGCAUCAUGUCAGUCACAAGCUUUUAUGAAAGGAGUGGUCACUUUGGUCACAGGUACUGUCACUGUAAUGCUGAUCCAGAGUGCUUUGAAGAGGAGACUUCCAUAUGCUAUGAAAUGGAAUAUACUCCUGUCUGUAGUUGCAGGUUCUGUUGCCAGCUAUGCCGUGACUAGAAGAGAGACGGAAAAAUGUUCCAGAUUGUGGAUUUAUCUUGAGAAAGAUCAUCAAACGCAAUUACAUCACACAGAGUACCAGCAAACCACAGAAACAGAUCAAAAGUACAGGAAAACCAGGAAUAAAUACGGCGAUGAAACUGAAUAA